AUGGCCCAAGGAAGCAUCAAGAUGAAGGCCCGUCCAGCCAAGGCCCCCACCAAGAAAACCCACUCCAAGAAACAGCAGUCCCGCGGCGGCGGCGGCGCCAUCUCCAAGCCGCAAAGGCCAAAUGACCAAAAGUUCACCUCGGGCCUCGUCGGCCGCACGGAGCAGCUGCUCGGCGAGCGCGCCGGCCACCUCGAGCUCAUUGGCAAGGGCAAGAAGACGGAGGCUUCGGAUAAGAUUGGCGGCAAGGGCGGUUCCAAGAAGUUUGGUUAA